GCGGUUACUACGCGUUCCAGUAGCCGUCGAUUCCGCUACUGCCAUGAAAUAUAGACCUAUGUUGCAGAAACCCAGACCUACUACAUAUAAUCAUGGUAACCAACCAUUACCAUGGUAUAUAACAAAGCGCAUUAACAGCCAACGUGCCCGAUACUUGAUCAAUCAUAGAGACUUUAAGCCAUUCCGCCUUGCAUCAACGCCCAACAUGCGACCAUCACUUCUCCGAUCGACGCUGAUCGCGGUCGUCAUCGUCGCGCUUUAUCAACAAGCGCUCUGCAAGGUUCAUGGUUACUCAAGACGGCACCUCCGAGAACGCGGCAUAAACUGGGUCAUAAACCAAUUCAAUUCGCUGGGCUGCGAUGCACUGUCAGCGCACUCUCCAGUGGACGUUUCAAUCUCGCGACCCAGCAACAUUACUUCGUGCCUGAUCUUCUCUCACAACGCGUCGAAAUGCCAAGCUGGCAGCUGCUGCAGCGAUGGAGGCAGCGUGGGUGCUGUGAACGCGGUUCAAAUCCUGUCAGUCCCCGCAUGCGCCUCCUCCGUCACCCGCGUCACGCUUAACGGCCGACCGUGGAGCUCCUUCUCCUUCAGCUCCGACGACAACAUCCUCACCGUUUCCGACCUGGCCUCCAAACCAGCCACCGCCACCUCGGCCGCGUCAUCCGGCUUACUAGCCGCCAGCAACAGCGGCAACAGCGGCAGCAGUGGUAGCAAUGUAGUUUACACCCUCUGCUUAACGCUGUCCGCCAAGUCACGGCGCUGCAGCGACCUGGCUUCCUUCUGCCGAGACAUGCCCGACUCCUCCCCAGCUUGUGGCAUCCUGGUGUCGGACGCCCGAGGAGGUUGCUGCCCCGUCUUCCGUACACCGUACGGCGAGGUUGCGGACGUCAUCGCCUCCCCCUCAUCUCCGCCACCGCCACCGCCACCUCCAUCCCCGCCGCCACCUAGCCCGCCACCGCCGCCUCCAUCGCCCCCGCCGCCAUCCAGCCCCCCGCCUGCCGGCACGCCGCUCUACCCGGCUGUCGCAGCCGUCACCAUGGUCCUGUCUGGGGUUCCCCCAGCUACCUGCAGUGUGGUGGCGGCGCGGUCCCGAGUGGAGCGAGCCGUGAGGGCUCUCCUCACCAUCGGUUACAACAGCGCGCUGCGGCUCAAUGUCACCGACGGAAUGGUCAGCCUGGACUCCUUUGCAUGCGCCGAUGAUGCUGCUGCCCCAGCUUCAGCGGAUCUCGACAUGGUCGUACGGGUGCAGUUGUACGACAGCCAGCGGCUAACGGCUGCCCUGGUGGCGCUGAGCGACCCGCGGGUCCAUGAGGCGGUGCUGCCCGACGUGAUCGACUACCUGCAGGACCGACUGGGAGGCGUGCAGAGGAACAUCACGGGAUCGGUACGACUACACAACGUGACGCUUGCAGUUCCGCAGCCGCCCUCGCCGCCUCCACCACCACCGUCGCCCCCGCCGCCCACAAUGCCCCCGCCGCCACCUCCUCCCUCUCCGCCGCCUCCGUCCCCUCCGCCGCCUCCACCUCAGCUUCCCACCUACCCCGCCUCCUCGCCGCUACCCGCCACACCCCAGCCAACCCACCCGCUGCCGCCGUCACCCUACGAUGACCCCACCGCCCUCACCGCUUCCUCCCCGCCGCCAGCCCUCGACGCGCCCCUCCCCGCUUCCUCCAUAUCCCCACCCUCGCCGGCCUAUGGCUCAGCACACACCCGCCCAGACCAGUCAAGCCCCGCCGACAUUUCCUCGUACGGCACCCUAACCGCCCCAACCGCCGCCGUACAAGCCGCCGUACAAGCCGCCAGCCUUCAGGACGCCUCCCCCAGCUACCCCUGGAUCCCCCUGGCCAGCCCGCCUGCCGCCCCCGCCUACACCGCCUCCCCCUCCUCCCCCUCUCUCUCCGCUCCCUACCCAGCUACCUACUCCUCAACCCGCUCCAUUUCGCGCCAUGCCACCCGCAGCGACGUCAUCAUCCCCCCGGUGUACGGCCCCUACCCGCUCACCCAACCGCCAUCUGCCCAGCAGCAAACAACACCCGCCCCCGCCCCCACUGCCGCCCAGCCCUCCUCUUCCUACGGAGCAGCAGCAGCAGAGCCGCCCGCAGCUCCCACCUACUCCUCCGCCCGGACUGCCCGCAGUGAGACGCUCGUCUCGGAGCUCCAGGAGCUGCCGGAAGCAGCCGCAGCAGCAGCAGCCCCCACCUACCCCUGGGUGCCCCUGGCCGACCAGCCGCCCGCACCACCCGCCCCGCUGCACCACCAGCCGCCCGCCUAUUCCCGCCCCGCCUCACCCCAGCAGCAGCAGCAGCAGCAGCAGUACCCGCUACCCAGCCUGUACGGGCCGUACCCCCUGCCCGCCCAGUCCCCGCCUUCGUACCCGCAGCGGAUGCCGGAUGCCUCCUUCUCCUCAAGCAGCCGGACGGCGGCUUCCCGUGCAGCUGUGGCAGCGGCAGAGGUAAUGACAACCGAGGAGGUAUCAGCAACCUACCUACCCUCCAGCAGCAGCAGCACUAGCAGCAGCGGCCAGAGCAUGCAUAUCGCGGAGGUUGCAGGAGGCGCCUCCACGCUCCCCACCUACCCUUGGGUUCCGCUGGGCAGCCCCCCGCCUGCACCUGCUCCGCCCGCAGACCGGUCAGCAGGCCCGCGGUACGACAUGCCAGCGCUGUACGGCCCGUACCCGAGAUCUCAGUCGCCGUACGAGGAAGCCCCCGUGUCUGACAACCGGCCAGCCAGGGAGGGAGGGGACGCGCCGGUGUAUCCGUCUGCCUAUGGGUCAUACUAAUGGCGUCUUAUUGGGAGAUGAAAGCAACUGAUGCUGACGAAAUAGAAAAGCUGUUAUGUCAUUUUGAGUUGGGGGUCGCACUGAGUGUUCCGUCCAUGCUUGUAUUUGCUGCGCUGUGAGUGUAUAACCCGGUAUGCAGGGCGAAAACAAGUGUGAGCGUGAGAGGUGUGUGGGGGCGCUUAGUAACAACUAUUGGCGGUUGUUUCAUGUAGCUGUUGGUUUGAAAUGUACGAUUUGUAGCAGUGUGCGGCAGUUUUUUGUCGUACGAAAAGUACGUGAAAUGUGUGUAUAUGUGAUUUCGGCUGUCCAAGCCUCAAAGCCACCAAUUGUGUGCCGAGUGCCACCAAUCAACCGCCGUACCUAUCUGCCGUAAUAAAGCCGUACACUGUGCCGUACGGCAGAAGGCGUACGGCGGUAGACGUGCUCCACAAUGACAACCAUGCACUGGGGCGCACAAGGCAUACACACACAAACACACAUACACCCAUGGGGGAUGUUGGUGUGAGCAAGUGCCUAAACGAUGCGAGACGCAUCAAGGACAUACACCCUCACAACAACACACAACUAAAAACGACACAAGGAGCAUUUGUGCAGGUUGCGCACUUGAUGGCGGCUUGAUGGUUUGGUUUGGCUUUGCUUGGCUGCUGAAUGUUAUUUGUACGCUUGCGUCGGAUACUUUCGCUGAGUUGUUUUCAUUAGGCUAUGCUAGAACGCAUGCUCUCGCUUGAUUGGGACUUAACCCCUUACUUCCUUAGCACGGUGUUUAAAAUAAUAAGACUUUUAGCUUUUUUGGUUAAUUAUCGCAUAGAAUGCACGCUUUGUAGGAACCUAAUGCCGUUUCGUCUUCCAUUUCUUGCUAGUGUGGGGCCGGCUGGUGGGCCGCGCGGUCGGGGGUUCGCAGGAACAACAAAUUGCUGCGUGUGUAUAUAUUUAGUGCUCUUGUAGGAUAUUAGGCGCAAAUUAGCACGCUUAUGCAUGGAUGUUGAAAUCCAUCGCAGGAUGCGGUAAUGGGUAGUCCGGCCUCGAAUAGCGGCGAGGUGCGCGUGUGCACCCCAUGUACGACUAAAUAGGGCAUAUGGCGCCUUUGAGGUGUGCUUACAUGUGUGUCCUUUUGUCCUUAGUAAUCGGGGCUCUGCUGUGCCUGAACAGGCCCGUGUUAUUACCCGUGUAGCAGUUUUGGUCGGUGCACGUGGUGUACAUGAAUGGUUAACCGUCACAGUGGAACCUGUAAGGUGGUCAUGACA